UUCGAUAAAGAAAAUAUGACUUAACUUUAAAAGAAAAACAGUUACCCGCCUCUCUCUUUAUUUUUAACUUUUUCCUCUGCUUAGACUGUUUUUUGUUUAUCAGAAAAAGCUACAACCCUCUUGCCUUUGAUCACUCUCUCUUUCUAUAAUCCAUCUCUUUUCCUCUCUUACUUCUUAUUACAAAUUUUUGAUCAAUUCAAUUGUUGGCAGAGAAGUGAAAAUUCAGUUUCUUUUUUAAUUCUGAAUUUGAGAAACAGUGAGAAGAAAUUACUCUAAUUUGAUUGAUUCCAAACUUAAUCAGCGAAACUACGAACUGCAGAUUCGAUCAUCUGUAUCAAAUUUAAGAGAGGAUGGAAGGUGCCGAUUACCUAACAGAAAAAUCGAUAGUGCCAGUUGCACAAACCUUAGUUCUGUUUGGAAGAGUUGGGAAUGGAAAAAGUGCUGUUGGCAAUAGCAUCUUUGGAAAGAAGGAAUUUGUUUCUAGGAUUUCGGCUUGUGGUGUUACCACUCAAUGCCGAAUGGAGAAAACUACGCUGGAUGAUGGUCAAGUUGUCAACGUCAUUGACACACCAGGGCUAUUUGAUUUGUCAAGAGGAUCUGAUACACCUGAAUACUUAGCAGAUGAGAUGGUGAAAUGCAUAAUUCUUGCGAAGGAUGGGAUCCAUGGGUUCAUUCUGGUUUGUUCUAUUAAAACUCGGUUUACGGUUGAAGAAGAAACGGUUAUUCAAAGUUUAGGGAAGAUUUUCGGAGAAAAGAUCUUUGAUUACAUGGUUGUUGUUUUUACCGGUGGUGAUGAACUUUCAGGAAUGAACUUUCCGGAAUUCUUAUCUACAUGUCCCUCUUCAUUAAAGAAAGUACUCCAGAUCUGCAAGAAAAGAGUUGUUCUAUUUGAUAAUAGGACUAAAGAUGAGACCCAGCGUAAAGAUCAGGUUCAACAAUUGAUGUCGCAUAUCAAAACCAUCAUAACCGAAAACGGACAGCCAUACAUCACGGAUGUCGUUCGAAUGAUGAAUAAGUCGGUAACACUUGGGAAGCAAGAGGCCGAGCAUGGAUCCAAACGGAAACAAGUCCCAACUGAUGGGGCGGAUACACGUCUCGAGCAUGGAGCCAAACCGGAUCAAGGCCCAACUGAUGUGGGGAGCUCCAACAACCCGAAGAAGCUGUGGGGGAAGUCACACUCCGUGCAAAGUUUUUUAAGAGAACUUAAAAGGUUCAGUAGACCAGCCAAUGGGAAAGAGAUCAAAGAGAAAAAUUUAAACGGAAAAAUGCAAAAUUAACAAGGGAUUUCUACUCGGUAAUAACUUAAGUGAUGUACUGGAUUUUCAAUAUGUGAUGGAGUCGGUCGAAAUUUUCAACAAGCGUUCAAAAGUUAUGGUGCAAUUUGUUUGUAGUCGGCUUUGUUAAAUAAAAUUUGUGUAUUUUAAGUUUUAGUGAUCUCAUGUUGAACGGUGAUGAAAUUCUCGCUUUAUACUGGUCGAAAUAGAUUUUUUCUAAUAUAGAAGCUAUGAUGAUGAUACUUGGCAUAA